AUGACUUGGAAUACUCGAGGUGCCGGUGACGCCUCUUUUCGACGUCUUUUAUCUGAUCUUAUGGUUCGUAAUAAUGUCAAUAUUUUUGCACUUCUAGAGCCGAGGCAGGAUGGGGAGAAGGCAGGAUUAAUAGCUCGUAGGCUUGGUUGGCCGAAUAAAUUUUUGGUGGAGGCUAGAGGUUUUAGUGGAGGCAUAUGGCUCUUUUGGGACAUGAAUACUGACUUUGUUGUUCUAUCUUCGAGCGACCAAUUUGUUCAUGGCAAGGUGAGGAAUGGUAAUGGUGAUGAAUGGUUGUUGACCUUUGUUUACGGUCACCCCAAUACAAUUCUUAGAAGACAGUUAUGGCAGUCCCUUCAUAAUAUCUACAAUGCUUCUAAUAUGAAAUGGGCUGUGGCAGGGGAUUUCAAUGUUGUUGCCCAUAGUGAAGAUCGUUGGGGGAGGGGUAGGCAAGGUAACUCUAGGAUUGACAGGUUGUUUCGUGCUUGGAUUACGAACUGUGGCUUGAUUGAUAUUGGUUUUAGUGGGCCUCGCUUCACCUGGGGGUAUGAGAGGAGUCAAAGCAGGAUUGACCGAGUCUUUGUCAAUGAUUUAUGGCAUAUUGCUUUUCCCAAUGCUGCUGUUGUUCACUUGUCCAAGUACAAAUCCGAUCAUUGUCCGGUCCUCCUUAAGACUGACAAUUUCAGCACUGAUUGUCCUAAUAAUCGGCCUUUCCGUUUUUUUGCUCCAUGGGUUCUUCAUGAUGAGUUCCAUAAUUUUGUCAAGGAGAAUUGGUUACCACAACAUGAUUGGGGUGCUUCAGUUUUUGAAUUUACAAAGAAGCUUUUGACUUGGAAUAAGGAGGUCUUUGGAAAUAUCACAUGA